AUGGAGCUCAGUCAACUUCCUCUUGUGCUCUUACUGAUUUCAAACAUCUACUCUGGACAUACUGAAGAAAAACCAAAACCCACAGGGACCAUUAAACCUGCUCAACAUGUAUUCAGAGGAGAGACAGUCACUCUCAGAUGUGACAUAAAUGCUGAAGGAGUCACUAGCUGGAAGUACAGCUGGUAUAAAGAAGAUUCAACCGGUGUUUUCAGUGAACUACAGGAACACACAUUCAGUCCUGUUACUGAGUUUGACGCAGGUAAAUACUCCUGUUACGGAGUAGAGACAGACGGAUCACGCAGAUCACACAUCAGUGAUGAAGUUACACUGACAGUAUCAGUUCCCAGAGCAGUUUUAAGUGUUUCUCCACAGACGUGGUUGACUGAAGGAGAUCCAGUGACUCUGAUCUGUGAGGUUAACGGCUCCUCUACAGGCUGGACAUUCAGCUGGUUCACUGAAACUGUCUCAUCAGACUACAGAUAUCGUUAUGAUCUGCUCUCAGACAGCAGCAGAGGAGCUGGAGGAAACUACACUGUCAGUUCUGCUGCUCCAAAACACACAGGAGUUUAUGUGUGCAGAGCAGAGAGAGGAAAACCAGCCUAUAACACAACCAUCAGCAACACACAGUUAAUAUGUGUCACUGCUGUAAUUGUCUUCUCAGGUGUUUCUCCUCCAGUCUCUCUGAUCGUCAGUCCCAGCAGAACUCAACACUUCACAUUAGUCUCUCUCUCUCUGAGCUGUGAGGACCAGACUAAAUCUACUGGAUGGACAGUGAGAAGAUACACAGAGAGAUGGGGGCUGGAAGAUUGUUCAUCAUCAGUGUGGGGAUCACAAACAGGAUCUACUUGUACAAUCAGCUCCACCAUCCCAUAUGACACUGGAGUUUACUGGUGUGAGUCUGAAUCUGGAGAUAAACAUCAUCCUGUUAAUAUCACUGUACACUUUGGUGUGAUUCUGGAGAGUCCUGUUCAUCCUGUGACUGAAGGAGAAACUCUGACUCUACGCUGUUUAGAUCAGUUUUCAACCCCACCAAACCUCAGAGCUGAUUUCUAUAAAGAUGGAUCACUCAUCCAGAAUCAAACUACAGAGAUGAUCAUCUCUACUGUCUCAAAGUCACAUGAGGGUUUCUACUACUGCAAACACCCAGAGAGAGGAGAGUCACCCAAGAGCUGGAUCUCAGUCACAGCUUCCUCCAGAAGGUCAGGAUCUGAUGAUCUCGAUCCAGUGAUAGCUGGAGUGACUGCUGGACUCAUAUUUUUGAUCAUUGUCUUCUUGGUCCUGCUGUGGCGCUACAGAAACAACAAAGGUGUAAGAUCUGAGUCUACCUCUAGUGUCAGUCAGCAGCAGAACAGCAGUCAGACAUCAGAGCAGAACCAGAGUGAAGCGGGAUAUAAAACACUCAUGUCUGGAACUGCUCAUACUUAUGACUCUAUUGAUGCAACAAACAAUAAAGAUAUAAGCACAGACAUUGUAAGUGGACCUACAGAAGUCACCUAUGCUGAGAUUGAACUCAAACCUACAGAGAAACAGAAGAAAAAGAAAGAAAACAAAGGGAAAAGCAGUGAAAGUUCUGACACUGUUUACUCUAAACUGAACCUAGAAACCCAUCAAGGUUGCGUCAUUACAUGGGAGAGAAAGAUUGACUGUAAAGCCUUUUUUUAA